GGGGGGCGCAGCGGCCGCGCCCCAGCAGCAUGACCUUCCUGCCCUCGGCCCGGCCGCAGCACCCCGCGGAGAGCCCCGGCUUCCUCCGGGGCGGCUCCCUGUGGGGCAGCCGCCGCUGGAACCUCUUCGGGGGCAGCGGCCGGAGCGGCCCGAGCCCCAGGAAGAACUUGAGCGCCCUGCGCAAGAGCUUCAGCUUCCGCCUGCGGCGGGGCCACGAGCUGCGGCGCUCCGAGUCGGGGGGCCUCCUGCGCCCCGCGCGCCUCCGCACCAAGAGCGAGGGGGACGCCAGCUCCCUGCACACCUGCCCCAGCAAGCGGGACCUGCUGUACCCGGAGCUGGCCAGGGUCGGGGGCAGGCUGCACGCGGACCCCGAGCAGCCAGGGGGACUCUGGAGACUCCUCACGAGCCGCUUCCGAAGGCGAGAGCGCGGCAGCACCGGCGGCGCCUCCCCCAAGGAGCCCCACGGCGGCAUGGACCCCGUCCUCCUGGGCAGCGGCCCGCUGCGAGUGCUGGAUUCGUUUGUGAACAGCCAGGAAUGGACCCUGAGUCGCUCGGUGCCUGAGCUGAAGGUGGGCAUCGUGGGGAACCUGUCCAGCGGCAAGUCCGCCCUCGUGCACCGCUACCUGACCGGCACCUACGUGCAGGAGGAGUCUCCGGAGGGUGGCCGGUUUAAGAAGGAGAUCGUAGUGGAUGGUCAGAGUUACUUGCUGCUGAUUCGAGAUGAAGGGGGCCCCCCUGAGCUGCAGUUUGCUGCCUGGGUCGAUGCCGUGGUGUUUGUCUUCAGCCUGGAGGACGAGAUCAGCUUCCAGACGGUGUACAACUACUACCUGCGGCUGUGCAGCUACCGGAACACAGCGGAGGUGCCGAUGGUGCUGGUGGGCACGCAGGAUGCCAUCAGCGCCACAAAUCCCCGGGUCAUCGAUGACUCUCGGGCACGGAAGCUUUCCAACGAUCUGAAGCGCUGCACGUACUACGAGACCUGUGCCACCUACGGCCUGAACGUGGAGAGAGUCUUCCAGGAUGUGGCUCAGAAGGUGGUGGCUCUACGGAAGAAGCAGCAGCUUUCCAUCGGUCCCUGCAAGUCCCUGCCCAACUCACCCAGCCAUUCGUCUGUCUCUGCGGCCUCCAUUCCUUCUGUUCACAUCAAUCAGUCUCGAAAGGGCGCGGACCCAGAGCGGGAGAAGAAGGUGCCGGAGUGUAAAGCGGACAGUAUCGGCAGCGGGCGGGCCAUUCCCAUGAAGCAGGGCAUUCUCCUCAAACGCAGUGGCAAGUCACUCAACAAAGAGUGGAAGAAGAAGUAUGUGACGCUGUGUGACAACGGAGUGCUCACCUACCACCCCAGCCUGCACGACUACAUGCAGAACGUCCAUGGGAAGGAAAUCGAUCUGCUGAGAACUACAGUGAAGGUACCGGGCAAGCGGCUGCCCAGGGCAACAACAGCGGCAGCGCCCAGCGCGAGCCCCAAGGCCAACGGGCUGGCAAAGGAGCGGAGCAGCACGCAGCUCACGGGAGGCACAGGUGCUCCCCACUCCACCAGCAGCACCUCCCUGCACUCGGAGCGCUCCAUCAGCGGCAUCAACCUGGUGGGCUUCAGCUCAAAGCCUGACGGCAUGCACCAGCGCUCGUACUCCGUCUCCAGCGCGGACCAGUGGAACGAGGCCGUGGCUAUCCCCGGCAGCUGCCCCAACCCCUCUAACGGCACCGCCGAUUCUCUCAGCUCCAGCCCGAACAUUUCCAACGCUGCCAGCCCGAAGCUGGAGCCGCCUCCAUCACCGCAUGCGAACAGGAAGAAGCAUCGCAGGAAAAAGAGCACAGGCACGACUCGGCCCGACGGCCCCAGCACAGCAGCAGAAGAACCAGACGAGCCAUUUGAGUUCAUUAUCGUGUCCCUGACGGGCCAGACGUGGCUCUUUGAGGCCUCAACGUCUGAGGAGCGAGAGCUUUGGGUCCAGGCCAUUGAGAGCCAGAUCCUGGCCAGCCUGCAGGGCUGCGAGAGCAGCAAGAACAAGGCUCGGCUGGGCAGCCAGGGCGAUGCACAGGCCAUGCAGGCCGUCCGCACCGCGCGUGGGAACAGCUUCUGUGUGGACUGCGAUGCACCCAAUCCAGACUGGGCGAGUCUGAACCUGGGCUCCCUCAUGUGCAUCGAGUGCUCUGGGAUCCAUCGCAACCUGGGCACCCACCUGUCCCGCGUGCGCUCCUUGGACCUGGACGACUGGCCCAGCGAGCUUCUCAUGGUCAUGACAGCCAUCGGCAACGCCCUGGCCAACGCUGUCUGGGAAGGAGCUGUGGAAGGCUACCCCAAGCCCACCCCUGAGAGCAGCCGGGAGGAGAAGGAGCGCUGGAUCCGGGCCAAGUAUGAGCAGAAGCUCUUCCUGGCUCCACUGCCCCAGUCGGACAUCCCGCUGGGGCAGCAGCUGCUGCGGGCGGUCGUGGAGGAUGACCUGCGCCUCGUGGUGACGCUGCUGGCACAUGGCACCAAGGAGGAGGUGAACGAGACCUACGGGGAUGGAGACGGGCGCACAGCACUGCAUCUCUCCUGCGCCAUGGCCAACGUAGUCUUCACACAGCUGCUCAUCUGGUACGGGGUGGAUGUGAAGAGCCGGGACGCUCGGGGCCUGACCCCACUGGCCUAUGCCCGGCGAGCCGGCAGCCAGGAGUGCAUCGACAUCCUGCUGCAGCACGGAUGUCCCAGCGACAGCGCCGUCACCACGCUGACCCCCAGCCUGCCCCGCCGCAACACCAACGCCAACAACAACGCCUGCACCACGUUGCUGGCUGAGCUCGGCUCCAGCCCCAGCGCCGUCUAGCUCCCCAGAGGCCCUCCACUCACCGUGCGGCUGCCUUCCAGCCCUGCUGGCGUCCAGUGCCACCAGAGCACGUCUGAGGGGCCGCUCACCGCACCCGCCGUGCUCAUCCUACGCCAGGCCCCCUGUUCUGGCUGGGGCAGCCAGCAGCACACUUCUCUUUGCCUGGGUCCUGUGCAUUCUGCCUGUGCAGCUGGAAGGGGGGAGCUGUGCAGACCCAGAGCUGUCAGCCUGUGGAGGCGCCCCCACAGCCACCAGGAUGGGGGUUUCAGUACAGCCUGUUCUCAUGACCGGUACAGGGGGAGGAGAGGCGGCCUCUGUGUGCCUCCCCACCACCACACUCACUUGUAGAUAGUACAGGGGCUGCAGGCGGUUCAGGUGUGCUGCCGUCUCCUGCACAGCCGGUACUGGGGGCAGUAGGGCAGCUCGGACGUGUCCCUCCUGCCCUCCUGCAUUGUGCACCCCAGCGCAGUGGGGCAGGUGGGGGGCAGUGGUAGGUGCACAUUUCUCCACCACACCCAUUUGUUCCUCUGUGCUUCUGGCCAGUAGAGGAGGGAUCCCCUCACUGGUGCCGCUCACCUGUGUGCUGAUGUGAAGGGAGCAUCUCAUGCAAUCCCAUGGACCUUUCCAGCCUCCCUGGUGACCCAGAAGGGCAAGAGGAUUGUUCCCCUGGGCCCCCCAGCUGUGUCUGUCUGUCUAUAGAGUCCCUGUCCUUCCAGGUUCAAGCCCCAAAGCCAUACACGGUGUCUCCAACAGCACAUCCCCACUGGCUCCCGCUGCUGCCCAGGCGGGGCUGGACUCCGGCUGAGCAAGAGGAGAGAGGAGAGGAGCAUCUCCCUUGUGUUUGGGCCAAGCCUGCAGCUGCGCGCUGGAAUUUCCGAGGCUUUGGACGCUGCUGUGGAACGUCUCCAUCACUUGUGUAUAAAAUGUACAUUGGAAAUAUUUAUAUGGACACUCUGUAUAUACUGUUUCUUUGCCAUGAAUUGCCCUGUGUGUGUUACCUGCAGCAAAGGAGAUAAAGGCCAAUAAAGCAACCCACCUCCUGCCA